AUGACGAGAGAUACUACACACUUUAGAUAUGGAUCACUUUCAUGGAAAACAACAUCCGAUCCUAAAGUCUACAGUUUUUCACUGAAGGUUGCAUUUAGAUACUCCUAUUUCAAUGAAUCCGGAAAUGGUGUACCACAAGUCGGAGAAUCGAUGAGCUAUGGGAAUGUAAAGGUUCAAUACCUCUCUAAUUGUUAUUUCUGUAAUCCACAACAAUAUAAAACCAAUUUCUUAGUGGAUCAUAUCGACUAUGACAAUGAUUGGCUUACUGCCGAGUAUGCCUUCACCAUCGACUUUAACGGCCAAUACGAUCUCUAUGUAUCCUAUCAUAACAGUGAACGUCUAUCAACUUUAAACAAUAAUGCAAGAGGUGAUUGGAAUAUUGCUACAAGAUUCAAUAUGGAGGAGAUUAGUAAUCUCAAUAUUAGUCAAGUUGAAAUAGGUUCACCUGUUACUGGUUUAUUACCUGUUGUCAAUGCAUACGUGGGUCAAACCAAUAGAUGGAGAAUACCAGCUGUAGAUCCCGUAAAUGAGGGUAUUACUUAUUCAUUUUCGAGUGAAUCGGAAAUGCCAGGAGUUCAACCAUCUGGAAUGUCCAUCUCUCCUGAUGGUAUUGUGUCGUUCACUCCGACACAAGAAGGUGUUUUCUGUUCUCAAGUUAAUAUAUCAAAGAGCUACCCAUUCUUUACUUACACUGUCGUUGACUACAUGAUCAAUGUAACCAAACCAUCGGGAUUUACUGGUUUACCUCCUGUUUUCAUUGACCCAACACCAUCGCCUAACAAAAUAUUGACAGUUGUUGCCAAUGAUGCUGUUUCGAUUAUCAUUGUUGGACAAUCGCCACAACCAACAUCCAGUGUUUUCAUUUCAAUUGGAAAUCUACCAGAUGGAAUGACUACCGUUUCACAAACCAAUAGUCCAACGAAUAUUGAAAAGUUGGUGUUCAAUUGGAAACCUACCACCUCACAGGCUGGUAUUUAUGUUAUUACCCUUGGUUUGGUCGACAGCCAAGGACUCCAACUUGCUGGGGGUGUUCAAUCUUUCUCUCUCAACGUAACUCUGCCCGAGUGUGGAAAUGGAAAGAAGAGUUAUUCCGGUACAACUUGUAUUUGUUAUCCAGGCUGGGCUGGUAAACAAUGUAUUGACUGUGAUACCAGUUAUUUUGGUUCCAGCUGUCAAAAGACACCAGAGUGUAUCAAUGGUAAAUCAAAUGAUGGAAUCUAUGGCGAUGGCCAGUGUGUAUGUGAUCACGGAUGGAUUGGAUCGUCUUGUAACAUUAGUCUUGUUCGUAGAUGUAGUACAAGUGAAUCAAGUUAUAUAGUUACCGAGUCAACAAGUGAUUCCAGUAAUUUCCAAUCAUCGUCCGUUCAAAUCUAUUUGAAUCGUUUCUUGCAAACCACACCACCACUGGUAGUUCAAACCAAGUUUGUCAAAUCUCCACAAUCCAUUCCACUAGAUUUGUAUUUCGUUCUCGACGUAUCAUCGAGUCCAUCGAUUUCAAAUCUCUACAACCAAUUCCAGAAGAUCUAUCCAGAUUUCGAGAGUUACUUGGUUCCAUACAUUCGUGAGAAGGCAAAGUUUGGAUUCGGUUAUUUCUCAGACUCUGAAAAUCAACCAAAUUCAUUCCAGUUAAUCUCUGUUUUAAAUAAUUCUAUUAAAAAUGAAAUUAAGUCAAUUUCAUUGAGUAGUGGACUACCUCAACCAAACAUACAAUACCAAGCACUGAUAGAUGCUGCCUCUACAGUAUCGUGGAGUACAACUGGUAGUUUGAAAAUGAUGAUUUUAGUUACCGACAAUGAUUUGGCACCAACUAAUUCAUCGUUAAUUCCAACAUUAAAAUCAAUACUUGCCAAGCAAAACAUAUUGCUUGGAGUAUUCUCAAUGGAUAUCGUUACUUCCUACACCAAUUGGAUGACUCCAGACAUUGGUAUUGCAUCUUCUUGGUCAACUACUUCGAUAUGGUAUAGAGAGCUGAUUAGUAAUAUAAUUGUACCAAUGGGAUCACAAUUACAAACUAGUGUAGUUGGUGAUCAAUCAUUUGUAUCAAGUGGUCCAACUGAAAUCUCAACAGGAUUGUUUGAAUCAAGUUUCAACUAUCCUGAAACUGGCGAGCCUGUUUCCACCCCAACAGUUUCCAUAAAUGUCGUUGGAUAUGGAAAGCAAACCAUUCAAAUCGCUUAUAAUCACCCACCUACUACCACAUCAACCAUUGUCAAUCUUCAAAUGAAUGAUAAUCGUACAUUUUCCAUUCCAACAAACGAUAUCGAUGAAAAUAUUCUCAGUAUCCAAUUCAAAUCAAUUCCGUCUCAAGGUGUAUUAUUAUUCAACGAAUCCCAGAUUGUUAUUGAUACACCAUAUCAACUUCCAACCAUCCAAAGUUCGAAUAUUUUCCGUUAUAUUCCAAAUGAAUAUUAUUUCGGAGUAGAUCAGGUUGUUUAUACUAUUGAUGAUGGAUGUACAAGUGCCAAUGGUCAAGUCAAUUUCGAAAUUGCCAAGAUAAAUCUACCACCAGUAUGCAACCCAAAGACAAUUGCCACCGAUCAAUUCACAGAAGUCCAAUUCUCAAUUGAAUCUUCAGAUUUCGAAGGUGAUCUAUAUUCAUUGAAAUUCGGUAGUCUAGCAGGUGUUGGAGCUAUUGGUGUAAUUACUGAAAAUGAUAUUCCAGUCAACCAAGUAUCACAGUAUUCCAAUUCUUCUACAUUUGUUUUCAAACCAUUGGAAACUUCCAUUAAUACAAACAUCUCUAUUCCAAUUCAAGUAUUCGAUAUCAAUGGGUUUUCAUCACAGUGCGCAUUAACCAUUGUUAUCAAUCGAAUCAAUGUUCCUCCAACUAUAAACGUUGACCAAAGACAAUUGAUUGUGCCAACCGGUAACCUUACUAUUCCUUUCUCAGUAACGGACAUGGAUCCCGAUGAAGAGCUGACAGUUACUUUGACAACUAUCAAUCCAAAGAAUGGUGCAUUCUAUGACUCUAAUGGAAAGUUAAUCAAACCAAUCGAUAUUCCAUAUGAUUUGGAAGUUUUUAACAAUGUUCAAAGUGCAUCUUCUUUCUUCUUUUAUAAAGCUGCUAACUUCGAAGAUACAGGAGUUAGUUUUACCAUUCAAGUUAUGGAUAAAGCUGGCGUUCUAGAUUCCGAGAAAGUCUCCAUUACAGUCAAUGGAAGCAGAGCCAACAGUCCACCAAAGGCAUUCAAAGUAGGUGAUCUUUAUCUUCUUCAAGAUAAAAUUUCAUCUGUUUUCACAUUGAACGGAUCGGAUACCGAUGGUCCACUAUUAGAUCCAAAACUUUCGGUGGUUAUUUCCUCACCCCCAAAGUUUGGACAACUUUUAAAUGACGAUGGUGUUACUCCCAUUUCCAAUCAAAACUAUGCUCCUUUGAGAGUCAUCUAUAAACCAAAUCCAGGUUACUAUGGAAAUGAUAAUCUAAUUUACUAUUUGGAAGACUCGAUGGCCGCCCAAUCCAAUCAGGUCAAUGUUAAUUUCAAUGUUAAAUUUGUUAACCAUCCACCAUAUGUAAACGCUCCAAACCUAACUUUGUACAGAAGUAACGAUAAUACUGAAGUUUCAUUAGCAUUCACCAUUAUUGCAACCGAUGUCGAUCAAGAUGAUCCACUCUCAGUUAGAAUCACCUCAUUCCCUUCAUAUGGAAGUCUUUUAUAUUUAGAUGGAUCACCUAUUAAUGGUUUCAAGAAAUUAAAGGAUUUAAAUAUUCAAUUUAUUGUUCCAGAGACCAUUAAUUAUGACUUCACGACCGAUUAUACCGUGGAGGUAUGUGAUUCGUUUGACGCUUGCUACGAAGAUAUCGGAACAAUCGUAUACAGCUAUACAACAAUCAGAAAUCCACCGACUUGUAGACCAACACCAAUCUAUCUAAAUCAACUGAACCCUAUUAAUUUCGUUUUGAAAGGAUUCAACAGUGAUCCAUCCAACAAAAUGAAAAUUGCUCUCUAUGGAUUGCGUUCACUUGUCAACUUUGGUCAAAUCAUGUCAAGUACCACAAACUCAUUGGUUAAAGAUGGUGAUCGAUUCGACCAACCAGCUACAUUUACAUUCAAACCGGAAACAACAACACAUGGAGGUGUCAUCAUUCUUCCAUUUGUUGUUUUCGACAGUAGUAAUCUCACUGCCCAAUGUACACUCUUGAUCAAUGUGACUCGAGUCUACGUACCACCAAUCAUCUCCAUCUCAAGACAAAUCACAAUGAACCCAGACACCUUAAGAACCAUCCCAUUCUCCAUUUUCAACUAUAAUUACAUCAGCUGUAAUGUAACAGUCAGUAUUACAGCAAUCAAUAGCGGUGGAGGAUCAUUCUUUGACGGUUCCAAGCACCUUAUAUCAAAUGAUCCCUAUAAGCUUGGUGAUUUCCAAAUAGUAAAGGAUGUACAUGAUUUUGCUUCUGGAUUAUCAUACAAAUCUAUCAAUGGUCAAUAUACUGCCAAUUUUACAAUCAAAGUAGUUGAUGAUAGAAAUGGAACUGAUUCCAAGAAUGUCUCUAUUGUUGUCGCUGGAAAUGUCAAGCCUUACCCACCAGUUGCUAUUCCAGUCCCAAUGGUUUCAACUCUGCAGAAUCAACAAUCAUUGGUAAUCAUACUUAAUGGUAGCCAUCCUUUCCGACCCUACUACAAUGGUAGUCUGACUAUUUACAUUAUCAACUUCCCUCUACACGGAGAAGUAGUACCCGACAACGGAGCCACCAAACAGGAGAUAAAGUUAGAUUCACCUGCUUCCGUUGUAUAUAUUCCAAAUACCGAUUAUUCUGGUACAGAUCAAUUUGAUUUCUACGUAAAGGAUCAAUUUGGUUUGGUUUCAACUCCCGAAACAGUUAAGAUUACCAUUGAAAAAGUAGACUAUGCACCAACAAUCAAUUUAAAUCCAGAGACUAUUCUCUCAUCAACCAGUUGCGGUCAAAAUAUCGAGAAUAUCAACAUCUCAGUGUCAGUAACCAAUCACAAUCUAAUGCACAAUCUUCAAGUUAAAUUAUUACAACUACCUGCCAAUGGAACCAUUCUCUAUGAUGGACAGCCAAUCGAUCCAAACAAUAUGCCAUUCCAGUUCAACUCUUCAAAGGGACUACAGUAUCUGCCUUCUAAAUCAUUCCAUUCCUACAAUUCAACCUAUAUUAUAGAAGCAUGUGAUCGUCUUUGUUCAAUUGCAACUGGAAAUAUUGUUAUCCAAUAUAUCGAUUCACUUCCCCAAGGUAGAGAUGAACAAUACUAUAUGAAACAGAAUCAAGAUUCACACUUUGCACUUUUUGGUCAAGACUGUAAAGAUGGAUUCAAUGUUAAAUUCCAAUUCCUCACGCUUCCUAAAUUUGGUACUCUCUACGAUGAAUUGGGAAUUGAAAUUAACUCGACAAGCCAACUACAGGACAGCAAUGCCUUUUCCUAUGUACCAUUCAAAGAUGCUGUCAGUCUGGAGACCAAUGGAAAUGAAAGUCCAUUGGAAAGUUUCUCUUAUCAAGUCAUCAACAACAAUUCCCUUGCCUCUCAAAGAUCCUAUUCCAUCGAAAUCUUUGUCCAUCCCAUCCCAACUUAUAUUGGAGAAUCACAUUUUACAUCUCACGAAGAAACACUCUUGACCAUUCCAAUUCUUGUCUCGUUCAAUGGAAAACCUUAUUCAUUGGUCAUCAACAGCUUCUCAGCCAAUGGACAAUUGUACUAUAUCAAUAGUAUUGGUAAAAUUGUUUAUAUUCCCUCAUCUGGAUUGCUCUUAAAUGAAUACAACUAUGUACUUUAUUAUAUGCCACCAAAAGAUAUCUAUGGUUGGAAAGUUGAUACGAUUGCAUUCCAUUUGAAUGGUACAUAUGAUUCGGAUUUGUAUUUGAUAGAUAUCGAUGUCACUCAAGUCUUCCAAGCACCAGUCAUUGUCCCCUUGACCUUUACCAAGAAUGGAACAACCCUACCAUUCCAACAUUUCGAUGCUGAACUCUUUGUCAAUCAAUCAACAGUCAUCACCUUUGAUGUUACUUCAAGAGAUCAAUCAUGGGAUGAGUUGAAAUCAUUUUUUGGAAGUGGACAAUCACCAUCUGGAGUGUUUUGUCAAUACGAUCAAACUGUCACAAACUUUUGUGGUGAUUAUCUGACCUACAACUCGAUCAUCAAGAGAUCAGAUGAAGAUCAACUCUGGAGAGUUGUAUAUAUUCCACAUAAAGGAAGAACUGGUUUGAGAAUUUCUCAAUUCACAAUCAUCGGACAGGAUUCCAUCAACAAGACCACCUCGGAGAGAAUAUACAUUUCAGUUCUCAGAAUUAAUAUUCCACCAGUUGUAAUACUGACCCAAAACCGAUUCAAUACCACUAUCGAUGUUCCAAUUUCAUUCAAUAAUAUCUCAGUAUUCGAUCCAGAUUCAACUGAAAAUAAUAAUAUCACUUUUACACUAAGUUUGAUAUCUACUUUGGAUAAUGAAUUGACAUUGGACGGUUCAAUCGAUUUACCAUUUGCAUUGGAGUCAUCGUGUAAUAUCACUGUCAACCAAGUAAACUGUACCAAUUCGAACGAUAUACUUAAUAGAUUCUUGGAAGCCAUCUCAGUUGUUUUCAAACAAGUUGGAGACUAUCAAUUGGUUGUCAAUGUAAACGAUCAAGGUUAUAAUUCACUCAGACCAGAUCAAAACAAACUUAGUGAUUCCAAGUCAAUCCUUAUCAGUGUUAGUCAAGCGCCAAAUCCUAGUAAACCUUAUAAAACUACAAUUAUUAUAGUCACUUCUAUUAUAGGUGGUUUGGGCUUGGCCUCUAUUGUAGCAUUUUCAGUUUGGAGAAUUCUUAAAUCAAGAACUCCUCCAACAGAAGCAUACUUUGGAGAAUACUAUUCCAAGGAUGUCAGUAUAAAUCCAUUGUAUGUCCCACCCACCAAUAUCUCUAGUGGAAUAAAUCCACUUUACGAAAAUAAAAAUUAA